AUGAUAGAUGUUGUGGACGAUUGGAUGCGUGAAAAGAAGCUGACGUUAGCACACCACAAAACUGAGAUGCUGUUGAUAAGCAACCACAAGGUUGUGCAGCAGGGUUCGGUCGGAGAGUGUAUCAUAAACUCAAAGCGAGAAGUUAGACAACUAGUAGUAAUCUCGUCACUAAUUCGGACCACGCCCAACAAUUGGGCGGUCAACAGCAGUAAAAAGCGACUACUGGCAGGACCUGCAUGGGUGACAGCACUGCAGACGAAGUGUAAUACAUCUCGGCUGAACAGCACGUUCAGGCUGAUGGCCAUACGCGUGUUUAGCGCGUAUCGAACUGUCUCGUCAGAGGCAGCCUACGUGAUCCCGAUCAGAAACACAUAA